AAAACAAAGCAUGUCAAACUCCAUUUACAUGUUACAUGUCGGGUAGUUAACAAAAAUUAAUAAAUACGUUUUUGGCUUUUACUUUAAAGCAGCCCGCUAAUUCCGGCAUGUGCGGAAAAGCUGAUUGCUACGCACACGAACAAAUCGAGCGAGUGCACAAUUCUGUAAAGCUAACAGCUGUUCAAUGCAGUGGUAAAAUUUUGGUAUUUUCAAGCGAGUACAGAAAAUUGUAUUGAACGAAAAUUGUUGUAAAAACGUCGUCAACGUCGCAAAGUGAAAAUCGUAGAUUUUUGUUAGGAUCAGUCGCAGCUGCAUACUAAUUAAGAAAAAAAGGAAACCGCUAACAAUGAAUGAAGAAUACGACGCGAUAGUGCUAGGCACCGGCCUCAAGGAGUGCAUAUUGAGCGGCAUGCUCUCCGUUUCGGGCAAGAAAGUCCUGCAUAUUGAUCGCAACAAAUACUAUGGCGGCGAGUCGGCCUCGAUUACGCCGCUGGAGGAACUCUUCCAGCGCUACGGCCUGAAGCCGCCGGGCGAGAAAUUCGGGCGUGGUCGUGACUGGAAUGUCGACUUGAUACCCAAGUUCUUAAUGGCCAAUGGUCAAUUGGUAAAACUAUUAAUACACACGGGCGUCACCCGUUAUCUUGAAUUCAAGUCGAUUGAGGGCAGUUACGUUUACAAGGGUGGCAAAAUUGCCAAAGUGCCUGUGGAUCAAAAAGAGGCGCUCGCAUCCGAUCUCAUGGGCCUGUUUGAGAAGCGUCGCUUCCGCAAUUUCUUGAUCUACGUGCAGGACUUUAGAGAGGAUGACCCAAAGACCUGGAAGGACUUUGAUCCGACCAAAGCGAGCAUGCAGGGCCUGUACGAUAAGUUUGGCCUGGACACCAACACCCAGGACUUCACGGGCCAUGCACUGGCCCUGUUCCGUGACGAUGAGUAUCUGAACGACCCGGCUGUGAACACCAUUCGACGCAUCAAAUUGUAUUCGGAUUCGCUGGCGAGAUAUGGCAAGUCGCCGUAUCUGUAUCCCAUGUAUGGCUUGGGCGAACUGCCCCAGGGAUUUGCCCGUCUCUCGGCCAUCUAUGGCGGCACCUAUAUGCUGGACAAGCCGAUCGAUGAGAUCGUCCUCGGCGAGGGCGGCAAAGUGGUGGGCGUGCGCUCUGGCAAUGAAAUUGCCAAAUGCAAGCAGGUCUACUGCGAUCCCAGCUAUGUGCCCAACAAGGUGCGCAAGCGGGGCAAGGUUAUUCGAUGCAUUUGCAUCUUGGAUCAUCCGGUGGCCAGCACCAAGGAUGGCCUCUCUACCCAAAUCAUCAUUCCACAGAAGCAAGUCGGUCGCAAAUCGGACAUUUAUGUAUCGCUAGUUAGCUCCACUCAUCAAGUGGCCGCCAAGGGCUGGUUUGUGGGCAUGGUGUCGACCACUGUCGAAUCGGAUCAUCCCGAGGUGGAAAUCAAGCCCGGCUUGGAUUUGCUUGAGCCAAUUGCACAAAAGUUUGUCACCAUUUCCGAUUAUUUGGAGCCAAUCGAUGCUGGCCACGAUUCACAGAUCUUCAUCUCGGAAUCGUAUGAUGCGACCACGCAUUUCGAGACCACUUGCCUCGAUGUGUUGAACAUCUUCAAGCGCGGCACUGGCGAAACGUUUGACUUCUCCAAGAUUAAGCACGAGCUCGGCGAUGAGGAUCAGUAAAAUGGAUACAUUUGAUAAUUCGGUUCUUUUGGUGGUUGGAUGGAUGAAUUGAUGGAUGAGCGUCGUUUUGUGGCAGGCGGCAUUUUUGGCCAACAACAACAACAACAGCAGCAGCAGCAGUAGCAGCAGCAACAACAAUAACAACAACCAACAUCACCACCAUUUUAGCGUCGGCAUUAAAAUAAAAAACCAAAAGCGUUAAAUUUACCCAGCAAAAAAAUGAUAAAAACAACCACAGCAAAAACAAAACAAAAACAAAAAAAAAAAAAGAAACAAGAAACAAAAAAAAUUGUAUUACAACUGCAACAUGCUUUUCCAACAGUUCAACAACAGCGCAUAAUAUUUUUGUGUGUAACGAAAUUUUAGACAUGUAAUAAAAUACAAAAACAACAUUCAUUGUUUUUGCUUGUCACAAUAAUCGGAUAUGCGUAGAAAAUCGAUACAUAUAUAGAAUAUGCAAUUAUAUAUACACCAUAUGGCAUAUUACAAAUAUACAAAAAUACAUACCUUAAAGCAACUAGCCCAAAACAAAAACUGAUUGUUGUGCGCAAAAAACAAAAACAAAAACAAAAAAAAAAAAACAAAAUAUGAUGAAAAGUUUCAACUUUGAUGUAUAACCACGCCCCAUGCCCCUCACCCCACCCCCACCCCCUUGCAGACACUUUAAUCCUCGUGUAAUGAAAAUCAACCGAUUUGUCAGAAUGCAACGCUGCUUUUACAUGAAGUAUAUAUAUAUAUGUAUCUAUGCUCGAUGUGCUUGGAUUUCCGUUGUAACAUCUUAUAUAUAUAUAUAUAUAUAUAUAGAGUAUAUACACAUAUGUGUGUAUAUAUUGCUAUCAUUAGUUGCUUGGUUCUGUUUUGUGAUUGAAAAGACCCGUAUAUUAUUAUAUGUAUGAACAACCCAUAAUAUGUACACGCAUAAUCCAAAACUAAGCUGAACGAAGAAAAAAGAAAAAAAAAAAACAAAAAAAAAACAAAAGCAAAGAAAAGCAAAGCAAAGAAAAUGAUCGGAAAAUGUAAAUUUGUGCAUCCAUAUAUAUGAAGCGAUAUGAAGCGAUACGAGAACAAUGGUCAAUGGUCAAUGGUCUACAAAACUAUGGUAUUCCGCAUUUUCUGAAUUUACAUUUUUAAUAAAAA